UAAAAGAAAACAAAACACAAAUAAAUGAAGAUAAGGGAGGAGAAAUAGAGUUAAAGGUAAGUGGAGAUACUAACUUCUUCGCGGAAUACGGAUUGUCUCUAGCUCUCUCAGGCAGAAAAUAAAAGCCACUUAAUUCCACAAGCCGGAAUGGAAAGCGAAAGAGAGAGAGAGAGAGAGAAAGGGAUUAAACAGGAGAGUAAUUAUGAUUAAGAAAACAAACAAACGGGAAAAAAAUUAAGUCCAUGAGAUAUCCCAAAGGAGAAUAAGGGAGGUGACAAAAGCAGGAAAGAAGAUGGGGGAGAGGAAAAGGGUGUUUUCCGUAUUUAAUAACAAGGACAAUAAAGACACAAAUGUAAGUGCAAAGUCACCCCGUCUAUCCCGCCGUUAUGAUAUAUGCCAAGGACGUGAAAAAAGGAGGAGGGGACAGUCAACGUGGAUGCAUAUAUAAGGUUGUGACGGACACAUCCAGCGUCACACGUCUCUUACGCCUCUACCUUGUCAUGGCGUCGUUCCGUGCACUCCUUGUGUUGGGCUUGGCAGUUCAGCUGUGCCCCUCCCAAGCCCACGACUCCUUAGAAGUAUAUUAUGAACUGCAACCUCCCAAGCAUGAAUAUCAACCUCCCAAAAACUACGACGCCCAGGAACCUUCUGCAACAUACGACUUUCAGGAAGUGUUUAAGAAAGACGACUAUCAGGAACAUGCCAAGGGAUACGACUACCAGGAACCUCACAAGAAAGACGACUAUCAGGAACCUGCCAAGGGGUACGACUACCAGGAUCCUCACCGGAAAGACGAUUAUCAGGAAGCUGCCAAGGGGUACGACUACCAGAAACCUCACAAGAAAGACGACUAUCAAGAACCUCUCAAGAAGGAUGGAUAUCAGGAACCUCUGCUAGUCUCUUAUCAAGAACCUCCCAAGACAUACCAAGAGGAAACUACGAAGAUAUCUUACCAAGAACCUUCUGAGACAUAUAAGGAACCACCCCAACCCUCCUACGAAGAACCGUCCAAGGCGUAUGAUUAUCUGGAACCUUCCAAGGCAUUCAGCUACCAAGAACCUUCUAAGAAGGCCGAUUACCAGGAACCUGUAAUAGUCACCUACCAAGAGCCUCCGAAGACCUCGAACAAGGGACCCUCCAAAAAGGACGGAUACCAAGGCCCUGUGAAGACUUCCUCAGAGGAAUCUUCCCAGGAGUACAGCUAUCAGGAAACUGCAAAGACAUAUGACUACCAGGAACCUCAAAAGAAGGACAACUACCAGGACUCUGCAGAGACGUACAGCUACCAGGAACCUCACAAAGGUGACUACCAAGAAUCUUCCAAGACCUAUGACGGAGAGGAAGCUUAUAGGGAUGACUACCACGUGCCCUCCAAAGCAUACAGUUAUCAGGAACCUUCUAAGGCAUUCAUCCACCAGAAAUCUACGAACUCUGAGUACCAGAAAUCACUUGAUUAUAAAUACAAGGAACCUUCUUAUGAUUCUCGGGAACAUGACGCAGCUUACCUGGCUUCACUGUCCAUCAACAUUCCGGGUGGAGGCGUGCCAGGAAAGGAUUAUCCAAUAUUAGCUACUGUGCCAUACACUGGCUUUUCAUGUGAUGGUUUGGAGUACCCAGGGCACUAUGCAGACUACAGGGCACGAUGCCAAGUGUAUCAUAUUUGCCAGAAAGAUGGGCGGCACAGUUCUUUCUUGUGCCCUAACGGGACCGUGUUCAGUCAGUGGUAUUCAGUGUGUGACUGGUGGUUCAACGUAGACUGUGAUGGUGCUCAAACCUGGUUUGUAUAUACCAGAAAUGGAAUCAUUUUGGGGAAGGAUGCAGAUUCUUCUCGGCCGGCGGGUGUGUCUAGUCGUCUGCCCCAAAAACCUCGCUCCUCUCGCGUUUCUAAAGGUCUUGUGAUCUCGAGGGAUUAUGUGCCCCCUGUGGAAUCGUCUGAGGUAUCUUACUCGGCCGAGGAAUACGACAAGAGUCUUCCUACCCCGGAGAUCUAUGAAGUGCCUCUUAUAUCUCAUAGUUCUUCCUCAGAAUAUGCCGUGGAAUAUAAACAGAGCACCACUACGAAGCCCCAUAGGAAUUAUGAACAUUCCUCGUCAGAAGACAGUUACGAGAUAGGAACCCAAGGGAUUCCCUUGGGCACGAGCCAAGAAUCCUACACCUCAAAGCCCCAUGUCAACAACUUCGCCAGACGGGUCGUUAUCAGUGUACGAAACAAACCCGACGCAAAAAAACCCACAAGCCGAUACGUUACCGACGUCGACUCGAACGAAUACGACGUCUCCACGACAGACGUUCCCCACUUCAGGCAGGGGCACGUGAAGCCUUUAUUCCGAGACUCCGUCCGGCGUUUCGAAACAAAAAGAACCACGCUUGUGCAGGGUCCUCGACGCCCUCCUCCUGAACGCAGCCUAAUCACUCUCUACAGGGAUCCACAGUAACGUACUUCGCAAACAUUCUAUGCGUACGAGGCUGAAAAGAUUAAUAAUAUACUAUGCUAUGUUGCCUGAUGAAGAUUCACACCUUCUUAGUACAUUAUAUAUAGAAGACAAGCAAAAGGAAAAAGAGAAAACGAUUCAGACACUGUUGGCUAAGUCUUAACAAAGUUGUCUUCUGAAUGCAUUUUCUGUUCGCUUAUUUUAUUUGAGUGCAGGUUUCUAUCAGUACAGGCCAUUUUUUUCUUGUAAAUUGAAAAUAAAUACACCAUAACUA